AUGCUGGUUGUGGGUAUAACUGUGUGUGGAAAUGCCGCGACAGAGUGCUUGGAGUUCGAUUGGGCCUGGAUUUCCUUUGGUCUUCCUUAUUCUCGAGCCAUGAAUUGGGUUCAACGAAAGAUUUAUCUUUACAAUGUCACUUUUGGGCUCUAUAUGUUGGAUUGGUGGGAGCGUUAUCUCUUCAAUACUUUGGUCGUUGUGUUGAUGUGGUUCAUUUUUUACAAUGGCUCACGAUAUGUAACGGAGUUUUGCAAGAGGCCAAGGCCAGUAGAUAACGUGGAAUUCAGCUGCCAAAUAAAUCAGUUUACAACUCUUGGUUUAGCCUCCGUUCCUUUGGGAAGAUAG